AUGCAGACGUCACUUCCGUCCUGGAAGGACGCUGCGAUCUCGAAGAAACAUAUACAACUGCCAUGGCGGUCCCUACAACUUCUGGUCCCGCACCGAUUACGGCGCAAACUGAGAUCAAAACUGCGGAAUCGACAGUCGCCUGCCUCGUCCCUCUCGGCUCUCCAGACCUCCUUCUCGCCCUCCGACACACUGCGCUCUCUGCAAGAUCAUAAAUGGACGCUCUAUGAUGGACAAUGGCUGUUUCUUGCGGUUCUGGGGAUUUUCUCCUUGAGCAUCAUCGAGUCUCCCGGUCCGCUGGUCAAGACGUCGGUCGCCACGCUCCUCCUCGCCUCUCUAGUAUUUCCUGUCACGAGACAAUUCUUCCGACCCUUCAUGCCUAUUGCCGCAUACUUGAUCUGGUUCUACUCCUGCAGGUUCAUACCCGCCGAAUGGAGACCUCCUAUCUGGGUCAAAGUCCUCCCCGCCCUCGAGAAUAUCCUUUACGGCGCCAACUUGAGCAACAUCCUCUCAGCCCACAAGAGUACGGCAUUAGAUAUUCUGGCCUGGUUCCCAUACGGCCUCGGCCACUUCGGCGCUCCCUUUGUGUGCUCCGCAAUCAUGUUCGUCUGGGCACCGCCUACGACCGUGACGGUUUUCGGGUUCUGUUUCGGCUACAUGAGUCUCAUCGGAGUCAUCACCCAAGUCCUGUUGCCUUGUUCCCCGCCGUGGUAUGAGAACAUGUACGGAUUGGCUCCGGCCAACUAUUCCAUGAAAGGAUCGCCGGCCGGCCUAGCGCGUAUCGAUGCCUUGCUUGGGUUUGACAUGUACACCUCGGGGUUCACGGCAUCUCCAAUGGUGUUUGGGGCGUUCCCGUCUCUCCAUGCCGCUACUUCGACUCUGGAGGCCCUGUUCAUGAGCCACGUUUUCCCGAAACUCACGCCCUUGUUCGCCACCUAUGCCAUAUGGCUAUGGUGGGCUACCAUGUACCUCUCCCAUCAUUAUGUCGUCGACCUGGUCGCCGGCAGUAUGUUGGCUGGAGUCAUUUUCUACUUUGCCAAAUCCAAGUUUCUCCCGCGUCUUCAACCCGACAAGCGGUAUCGAUGGGACUAUGACUACAUCGAGGUCGGCGAGUCUCACAACGACUAUGGGUACAACCUGGCCGGCUUGGCAGACCCCAACAUUCCUGAUAGCGAUGAAUGGACGAUCGGUUCGUCAUCCUCCAUUUCUUCUGGCUCCCUCAGCCCGACCGAGGAGAGUAACAAUAUCUGGGCUGGAGCAUAUUCGAACCACGAAAGAUGA